GGAAGAAGGAUCAAUGGAAUGACGAGGACAAACUUUUGACGUGAAAGAAAAUCACAAGAAUAGGACAUUAUGGCUACGUCGGGUGUGGUUGUCGUUCUUGGUGUCCUGUGUGGAGUGUUUGUCAUCAUCCUCAUCUUGGUGGCGGUUUUCAUCUGCCGCAGGAUCCUAAGAAGGAGGAAAAAAUUAAAGCUAAGGGAUGAGAUGGAGAUCAAUCGCCUUCUUGUAGAUGAGAUCAUGUCCAACGGCGAUUUCACGGGAGCAUCAGCAAUAGCUGAGACCAUCAUACUACCGGCACAGCAGGAGGUUGUGGAUCGGGGAGAUUGUGGCGGGGGAGUCAGAGAUGGUAUCCUGAGUCACGAAGCGCACCAAGAGGUAUCUGCCUGUCUGACGACAGACGAAUUAAGUACUCCACCGUCAACGCCAUCUCAUAAGGUUAGCAUCAAGCAGAGAUUGUACAGGAAGCGGACAAAGUCUAUUGCGAGUGGAAGCGGUGAUGCCUCGUUGCUAGCACCUUCAAUGAAACCACCCACUUCGAUCAACCAGCCCCUUCGCGUACGGUCCAAAUCUAUGAACAACUUGAUGCUUUUUUCAACACCAAACAAUCCAGGGUUGAUUCGCUUUGGGAGCCACCUCUCACUAGAUGACGAAUCAGACAGCUCGGAGGUCUUUUCAUAUUCGAUCUCGGCGCCACCAUCGCCGGCAACUCGAUCCGAAGCCGAGGAGACAGGAGAGGACACACAGCAAGGAGAAGACCGGAAGCGUCGCAAGUCCAGCAAGGGAAGCAAAUCGCCAGUCCGGAUUAGACUGGAGUACAGCAUCUACUAUUCCUCGGCAGAGUCUACUCUUGUCAUUUCCAUGAAGGGAGUCACGGGCAUACCGAAUAAGUACGGCCCUACUUGUGCGUCAUUUGUGCGGGUGUACCUCUCACCGAAGACCAGUAGAGGUUACCUUCAGACAUGCACUGUGCGGAGAACCCUGGAGCCCAUGUACAACGACCAGCUGCAGUUCAGGAAAAUCUCAUUGGAGGAGGUAUGGGUGAAAAGUCUAAGGUUCAAGUUGUACGUGAAGGGACAAUGGGGAGGCCACCACGAAAGCCUCGCCGAGGCAUCUAGGCACUGUGCGACGUUGAUUCGGGAGGCAGAUGAGGUUUAUGAGAUCUCUGAGGUACUAAAGCUUAAACGAAGCAAAUGGAUGCAAAGGUCUCAUACAGUACCAGCGCUGCAGCUCACAGAACCACACCCUCCUGUAGACGACAUACAUCCCGCGUCGAAGCUUCAGACCCCUCAAGGUCUCGGGGACUUGUUCGUCUCCAUUCAGUAUCAGUACACGGCAAGUCGAUUCAAGGUGAUGGUACGGAAAGCUGACCACUUGAGUACGGGGAUCAAUUUACUCGGCACGCCGUCAAGUGUUGCGCACUAUAUAGGAGUGAAUCUACUUCGCAAAGAGCAGGCAGUCGUUCAGUCAGAGACAACGCGCUCCCUCGCUGGUUCCCAGCCCACGUGGAACCAGCCUUUUCUGCUGCAUCUCAGCCCUAGCCGGGAGCUGACCGACUACUGCAUAGAGUUUUUGCUGAUGAGGGUCAGGUUCCACUCUGGCGGCCGGGUACCGAUUGGGCGCAUGAUGGUCGGCCCCAAGGUGGAGGGCACUGGCGGGUUACACUGGGACGAGGUUAUGUUACCAAGACUGACUGAAGUUACGAGGUGGCACACUUUUCAACCAAUCUAAGCCGUUCAUUUUACCAAUCAUGACUGAAUUUUGCAUAAUGUUCCACUAUGACUGGCUGAAAUUAUGAGACGCCUUUGAGUGUAAAAAAUAAUAUUAAGGGAGCUGCGACAUCCUUUUUGGGGGGAAGGUUCACUUAAAGGGCCUGUCACAUU